GGUGUGUAGCUGUGAGUAUACGGCGAAGAAUUCAGCCGCUGGAGGACUUUUCUCUGCGACAAAAACUACUUAUUUUUGUGUAUAAAGGAAACAACAAAGACGGGACGAAGAGGACACAUGCGAAAAUGCGAGAAGAAAUCCAGGAAGAGAGUGUGUGCUUAUUAAAAAUUCAGCGCGGGAGAACAGACAUUAUCGCCUCUUCGGAUGACUUGUGGCAGCACUGAGGGUAAACUACAGCACUAACGGACUUCAAACACUGAAUGGGGUGAAACGAGGCCGAAUUUUCUCUAAAACGACGAGUCCAAAGCAUUUUUUAAAGCGGCCAAAAAACCCAAAAGGGAAGGGGAGGAGAGGGGGGCAAAGAAAACGCCCUGCUGCUGCUGCUGCCUGUUGCUGGUAUCUCCACAUUCAAACUUUAUCGCCGAGUUGGAAAAAUGCAUCAUUCACUUAACGGAAGGUGAUAAUUCAAGUGUGUCGGUGUCUUUUUAUUAACCGCCAAACUAGCGAGCUAACUUAAAAGCCCCCUCACUUGGCAAGUUUUUGGGACGUCUCUGCUUUUUUUGGGGAAUAUUUUCUCUUCAUUGUGCACACUAUUCCUGUUGGACAGCGAGCUGGGUGGGCUGAGAGCCCAAGGCUGCUCCGCUAGGCCAACGGCCAUUAGCCAGGAACAAAGAGGGUUUCACAUGUAAACCCAAAACGGUUUCGAAUAGCUCGUCAUAUAUUAUCUUUUUUACUCAACUUUUAACGACCCGACGCUGCAGUCAUGUCGCAGGCGCAGGGCGCAGAGAGGAGGAUGGAAACGCGGCUGAAGAAGCUGGAGGACAUGAUCAGAGAGCCCAGAUCUGCCAUAAACCUGGAAAGUUUGCUGGACUCGAUAAACGCCCUGGUCUUAGACUUAGACUACCCUGCACUACGCAAGAACAAAAACAUUGAAACCUUCUUAAACAGAUAUGAGAAAGUCAUAAGACAGACUCGAGACCUCCAGAUGAAGUCUGAAGACUUUGACAGAGUUAAAGUCAUCGGUCGAGGGGCAUUUGGUGAAGUCCAGCUAGUCCGGCAUAAAGCCUCUCAGAAGGUCUACGCCAUGAAGCUACUGAGCAAGUUUGAGAUGAUCAAGCGCUCAGACUCAGCUUUCUUCUGGGAAGAGAGGGACAUCAUGGCCUUUGCCAACAGCCCCUGGGUUGUGCAGUUGUGCUGUGCCUUCCAAGAUGAGCACUAUCUCUACAUGGUGAUGGAGUACAUGCCAGGAGGCGACCUGGUCAACCUCACCAGCACCUACGACGUGCCGGAGAAAUGGGCCAAGUUCUACACAGCGGAGGUUGUGAUGGCCCUGGAUGCCAUUCACUCCAUGGGCUUCAUCCAUCGGGACGUCAAGCCGGACAACAUGCUGUUGGACAGACUUGGACACCUCAAGCUGGCUGACUUUGGCACGUGCAUGAAGAUGGACUCUCAGACCGGCAUGGUGCACUGUGAUACAGCUGUCGGGACUCCGGACUACAUCUCUCCAGAGGUGCUGAAGUCCCAGGGAGGAGACGGGUAUUAUGGAAGAGAGUGUGACUGGUGGUCCGUUGGGGUCUUCAUCUUCGAAAUGCUUGUUGGUGACACACCGUUCUACGCCGACUCUCUGGUGGGAACCUACAGUAAGAUCAUGGACCACAAAAACUCCCUCAACUUCCCUGAUGACGUGGAGAUCUCCAAGGAUGCCAAGAAUAUCAUCUGUGCCUUCCUGACAGACAGGGAGGUGCGAUUGGGCCGAAACGGCGUGGAGGAAAUCAAGCGACACCCUUUCUUCAAGAACGACCAGUGGACCUUCGACACCAUCAGAGACAUGGUUGCCCCUGUGGUCCCGGAGCUGAGCAGUGACAUAGACACCAGUAAUUUUGAUGAGAUUGAAGAUGACAAAGGCGAUGUAGAAACGUUCCCGACACCAAAGGCCUUCGUUGGAAACCAGUUACCCUUUGUUGGCUUUACUUACUUCAAAGAAGACCAGUUACUAAAUGCUUCCAACAAUAUCUCAGUGACUCAUGAUAAUUCAAAGGGAGAGUCAGCAGCACUGCAAAAGAAACUGCGCCAAAUAGAGGUGCUGCUGAAUAAUGAGAAGCAGGCCAAAUGUGACCUAGAGCACAAACACAGAGCUGCUACUUGCCGUCUAGACAAAGUCUCCAAAGAACUUGAGGACGAGGUGAGCGGCAGAAAGAACCUGGAGUCGAGUCUGAGGCAGCUGGAGAGAGAGAAAGCUCUGCUGCAACACAAGAGCCUGGAGAGCCACCGCAAGGCCGAGAGCGAGGCCGACAGGAAGCGCUGUCUGGAGAAUGAAGUCAACAGUCUCAGAGACCAGCUGGAUGACAUGAAGAGGAGAAACCAGAAUUCCCACAUUUCUAAUGAGAAGAACAUCCAUCUGCAGAAACAGCUGGAAGAAGCCAACACGUUGCUGCGGGCCGAGUCUGAGGCGGCGACGAGGCUGCGUAAAACCCAAACGGACAGCAGCAAGCAGCUGCAGCAGCUGGAGGCCAACGUGCGUGAGCUGCAGGACAAAUGCUGCCUGCUGGAGCGCAGCAAGCUGAGCCUGGAGAAGGAAUGCAUCAGCCUGCAGGCCGCACUGGAGACGGAGAGGAGGGAGCACAGCCAGGGCUCCGAGACCAUCAGCGACCUCAUGGCACGUAUCUCCAGCCUGGAGGAGGAGGGGCGCCAGCAGAAACAGGCUAUGUCCAAAACUGAGACUGAGAAGAGACAGCUUCAGGAGAAACACACUGACCUGGAGAAGGAGAAGAGCAACAAGGAGAUUGAUUUGACCUACAAGCUGAAGGUGCUGCAGCAGGAGCUGGAACAGGAGCAGGCCUCUCAUAAGGCCACCAGGGCGCUGCUGGCUGACAAGAGCAAGAUCAAAGUAACCAUCGAGGGCGCCAAGUCAGAAUCCAUGAAGGAGAUUGAGCAGAAGUUGGCGGAGGAGCGGGGGGCCAAAAUGCGGCUGGAGAACCGGAUCCUGGACCUGGAGAAGCACAGCAGCAUGAUGGACUGUGACUAUAAACAGGCUCUGCAGAAACUAGACGAGCUGCGCAGACACAAGGACCGACUCACGGAGGAGGUGAAGAAUCUGACGCUGAAGAUCGAGCAGGAGACCCAGAAGCGUAACCUGACUCAGAAUGACCUGAAGGCCCAGAACCAGCAGCUCAACACUCUGCGAACCUCCGAGAAGCAACUCAAGCAGGAAACAAACCACCUGCUUGACAUUAAACGCAGCCUGGAGAAACAGAUUCAAGAGCUGCGCAAAGAAAGACAGGACACAGACGGGCAAAUGAAGGAACUACAGGACCAGUUAGAAGCUGAACAGUAUUUCUCUACGCUGUACAAGACCCAGGUCCGUGAACUGAAGGAGGAAUGUGAGGAGAGGAACAAACUCUACAAAGAAGUGCAGCAGUCUCUGCAGGAGCAACAGGAGGAGAGGGAUUCAUUGGCAGCUCAGCUUGAGAUCACACUGACAAAAGCUGACUCAGAGCAGCUGGCGCGCUCCAUCGCUGAGGAGCAGUACUCAGACCUGGAGAAGGAGAAGAUAAUGAAGGAGCUGGAACUGAAGGAGAUGAUGGCUCGCCAUCGUCAGGAGCUAUCUGAGAAGGACAUCACCAUCAGUUCGCUGGAGGAAGCCAAUAGGACCCUGACCAGUGAUGUAGCCAACCUGGCCAAUGAGAAAGAGGAGUUGAACAACAAACUAAAGGAGGCAAUAGAAGAAUCAGAAAAGUCGAAGGAUUGUGAGCAGCAGAUCAACACGAUUAAGCAGACGUAUGAGAAGCAGCUGCAGUCAGAGAGGACGCUGAAAAUUCAGGCCGUCAAUAAGCUGAUGGAGAUCAUGAACAGGAAGCCGGAUCGUGCCGGAGGCGGUCGAGGCCGAGGUAACGACACAGACAUGCGGCGGAAGGAGAAGGAGAACAGGAAGCUGCAGCUGGAGUUGAGGUCAGAGAAGGAAAAACUCAACAGCAGCAUCAUCAAAUACCAGAGAGAGAUCAACGAAAUGCAGGCGCAACUAUCUGAAGAGAGCCAGAUGCGUAUUGAGCUACAGAUGGCUCUGGAUAGUAAGGACAGUGACAUCGAGCAGCUGAGGACCCUCCUGCAGACGCUCAGUGUUCAAUCAAUGGACUCUGCCAGCGUCAGCAGUGGGCCGGAGUUUGAUACUGAUGAUGCAUACACAGAAACAAGGCUGGAGGGCUGGCUUUCGCUCCCUGUAAGAAACAACACCAAGAAGUUUGGAUGGGAGAAAAAGUAUGUUGUUGUGAGCAGCAAGAAGAUUCUCUUCUACAACAACGAGCAAGACAAAGAGCAGUCCAUCCCAUACAUGGUGCUUGAUAUUGACAAACUCUUCCACGUGAGGCCUGUCACUCAAACAGAUGUAUACCGUGCUGACGCCAAAGAGAUUCCAAGGAUAUUCCAGAUUCUUUAUGCCAAUGAAGGCGAAAGCAAAAAGGAGCCAGAGUUUCCUGCUGAUGUGCCCAUUGGAGAGAAGUCCAGCUACAUCUGCCACAAGGGCCACGAGUUCAUCCCCACGCUCUACCAUUUCCCCACCAACUGUGAGGCGUGCACCAAGCCGCUAUGGAACAUGUUCAAGCCUCCACCUGCUCUGGAGUGCCGGCGCUGCCACAUCAAGUGCCACAAGGACCACAUGGACAAGAAGGAGGAGAUCAUCGCUCCAUGCAAAGUGAACUAUGAUGCCAAGAACCUGCUGCUGCUGGCCGUGUCCCAGGAGGACCAGCAGAAGUGGGUGAACCGACUGGUGAAGAAGAUUCCCAAGAAGCCUCCACCAGCAGAGCACUUUGCACGAUCCUCGCCACGCGCUUCAAUGAAGGUCCAGCCCAGCCAGUCCAUGAGGAGGCCCAGCCGACAGCUCCCGACCAGUAAGAGCAGUUAACCUCGCUUGAGAGUGUGGCGCUUCAUCAGGGUGGUGCUGGUGUGUGUGUCCUCCCAAAUCAAAGACUAUACAAAGCUCCGUUUGCAGAUCAGCACACUGAACUCCACAUCACUUCUCCACAUCCCGCCACGUCGUGCUUCAGCCUGUGAGAGUUACUGUCUGUUUUUCCCCCUUUAGUCGAACUUCUUUCCCAGGCACUUGAAGCGGUAACGACUAUCAAACUCACCUGAGCACCUGUGAUCUUUUCGCCAAGCUGGAAAGCAAAUUAGCCGGAGUCUUCUCUUGGGCCCUCGACAAGAGAAAUUAAGUGUUUGUGGGGGGCUGGAGUGGCUCGUGGAGCUCCCACAGAAGAGAACAGAAGGGCUGGCAGGAAGGGGACACACUUACCUCAACACUUCUCACCAGGACACACUGUCUGAUUGGACUCUCAGCUCCUCCUCACCGCCUUUGGGGACUCUUGUGGCCAAAUUAAAAAAGACAUUCUUGUGUUUAAUGAUUAUGAACGAUAUGAAGGGUUUAAUGGGGAACACUACACUCAGAAGAUAGUAAAUCAUUUGUCAUUUGUUGGCUGAAUACAGCCGAGAUUGUUGAACUUGAUCCCAGAUACAGUAUCUGUACUUUGGCUUAUUCAAACUCUUUAACACAUUGAUUGUAGCUUCUUGCUUUUCACGAUUCUGCUUCAGGUGCACGUCCACACGGGUCACAGAAACUUGAAUGAGGUACUUAGAAGCUCCUAGGAAAGUCUGCAAGGUGGGGAAGGAGUGUCAGAUUCCUCCAGUGUUUGAACAAAUAAUUCCUUGAGUGCCUCUUAUUCAGAUUUCUGACUCAGGCGCGCUCUGAAUCACCAGUUUGUCGUUGUAUGACUACAGUAACGGUUCUAAGUGAACAGAAUCCUGCUCUGAAUGGCAUUAAAUGGAGGCCCAGACAUGAGAUCCUCACAAUCCCAUAAGUCAGUUAUGAUGGUUAAUGUUUACUGAGUUCAUCGGGGUGCACCGUUAAUGCUUUUCUGAUCCGAGCUCGGCUCCUUUUAUUGUUUGAAUGUACAUCUGGGCUUUACCAGAGACGACACGCAGGCAUUGUAUUACUUGUAUCCAAAUAUACUUGACUGAAGCCCCCUUUCAUCACAAACUACUCUGAGUGAACUUGCAUGUGUUUGCCUUUUCAGGCCUCACACUCAAAAGGAUAGUUCAGGUUUUUUGGAAUGUGGUUGUAAUGAGGAACUCAACCACAUUCGAUGUAUUACUACCUACAUUAGGUGACGGUCACUAUGUCCCCAAUUUGGGGAAGCAAGUAGGAGUACCAACACAGAAGCUGAGCAAUGUACUGCUGUGGAUGGGGACACCAAAACAUAUUUUAACCACCUUAAAAAAAAAAUCGAUAUUCAUUUACGUGUGUGCUUUAUUUAGAAUAUUUCUACCUUGCCGUCAGACAGCACUCUUUAACAUGUAACAGAGGCUGUUAUGUCCAUCUAUGCUUUCUUCUAAAACUACCAGACUCCUUUGACAAAGUUUUUUUUACCUUGCAGAGCAUGCAAGUUGCUGGUCUACUGCUGCCUCCAUCAGCUAGUUUGUUUGUGUUAUUGUGUGACUAAGUUGUUGGUUCCAAUUCACCAAAGUCACACAAUUACACAAACAAACAAAUCGAUCGAGGCAGCAGUAGACUGACGACUCCUGUGUUCUGUGAUGUUAAAUUACUGCUUUUGUCAAUGGAGUCUGCUGGAUCUGAAGAGGGCGUAGCCUCAGCUCUCCAGGGGGCUGUCUGACAGAAGGUAAAACUGUGAAAAAAUUGUAAAUAAAGCGUACACAUUCAGAGCAUAAACAUAGCAGUUAACAGAUAUUUGGAUUAAGUUUGGCUCCCUCUGUGUAAUGUAUAAUUCUGAGUUUGUUCUUACAGGGUAGCGGGUCCAGUUUGUGCAUGUGAGUACCCAGUGGAGGAAAUCCCAGCUCAGGCUCUGAGAUGUACCUCUGAAUGUCGUGUACAGGACCUUAAAACUGUUUACAUUUUUACUUUUAGGUGGCUAAAAUACAUUUAGCGGCUGCCCCUGACCUGAGCAGUACAUACUUAACUUCUGUGUUGGUGCUCCUGUCUGCUUCUCUAAACUGGGGCUGUGCUGACCACCUGUAAUACACUGACUAUGGAGAAUUACCUUUAAACAACCCCCACUCCAAAUAAUCCAAACUAUCCCUUCAAGUGCUGUCACCCACAGGCCUCCACCUGAUAGAAAUGUAGUUUUUAAGUCAUUCCUGGCAGUGAAAAUGAUCGAGGGGAAUUAACCAAUAAGAAGCAGAAAUAAUGAAGGUAUGCAAUCAUAUCCCAUGAGUCAAAAUACUGAGCAGCACUAUUCCAUUGAAAGUUUUUUCUAAAAGUGUUUGUCCUGAUAUUUUUGUAUUAAAAGUAACCAAACUCUGA